AUGAUAUGUGUCUCGGAAUGGCCGGGACCAGACCUCAGUGGCUCUUACCUGAUGUAUCAAUUUGUUCUCGUAUUGAUCCAGUUCGCCUUGACGCUUUCUGUUUGUCAGACACAGUCGAAACACCUGCCAAUUGCCACAUUGACCAAGAUGAGUUCCAAUACCAGUACUCCAGGAAUGGAGCUAUUCGUCCGCAGGAUUGACGAGAAUGCCAAAUGGCAACCUCAUCAUGCACUUGUACGAUUCGCUGGCGGGUCUGACUGGGAGACAGAGGGUUACCGUUCGUUGACUUGGCAACAAUACGCCGAUGGCAUCAACAAGACUGCACACUGGCUUGACAAGACCUUUGGAAAGUCUGUGAACAACGAUACUGUUGCGUAUUCUGGUCCCAGUGACGUCCGAUAUGCGUUCCUAUUCGCAGCAUCAGUCAAGACAGGUCGCAAGUUGCUUGUUCCAGAUGGUCGUUUCAUGAAGGACGGACUUGAUGCGCUGCUAGAGUCAUCAAACUGCAAGAUUUGGCUGUAUUCCGAGGGAGGUGCAUUCAGCCCCGAGCCUGAGCUUGCAGCAUCUGGUAUCCAUGUUGAGCAGUUCCAAAGCCUCGAAUGGUGUCUUUCUGCUCAAGGAACCGAGCCCUACGCCUAUGAGAAGACUUACGAGCAGGCGAAGGACGAUGAGAUUCUCAUCAUCCAUACUGGAGGCACCACAGGUGCGCCUAAGCCAAUCUUCAUGAACAAUGGCUUCUGGGCGGCUGGAUGUUCAUCUGCCGGCUUGGCUCGCCGUCACUGGCCCAGGGGGAUAUCUACAGAUUCUUUCUAUGGCCGUUCCCUGAUCUUGGCAAUCCCAAUGAGGCUGCAGCCUGGCCUUGUCCUAAUCAACAUGUUUGCCGUUUUCUCUGGCACCUGUGUUAUCCAACCCCCUCCGGAUGUGGUCGGGCUUCCGCCAGCUAUUUUCCAGAAGCUUCUGCGUCUCAACAAGGUUGAUGGGCUGAUGGGAUUUCCUUUCACCAUCGUUGACCUAUACAAUAACGAAGAGACGCGGGAAUCACUGAAGUCGCUUGAGUUCAUCACUUAUCUAGGAUCUGCUCUCGAUCGCGUUGUCGGGGACGCAUUGUGCGAACACACCAGGCUCAAUUCUGUCAUGGGAGCCACAGAGUCUGGUGGUCGCUUUUCCCUGCAUCCCAUCGACAGGAAGCUAUGGUAUAGCUUCCAGUUCAUUCCUGAGCACCAUGUUCGUUUGGUCAAGCUAGAGGGCUCUGGUGAAGCUCUGGGUGACGGAGAUGACUCUGAUGUGUAUCAGAUGUUCAUUGACAGGCCACCUGACGGUGGACCAUCCAUCUAUCAGUGUGCCUUCUGGAACUACAAGAUGUUCAAGGACGUUGAGACGAUCGAUACGAAGGAGUUGUGGCGUCCGAUCAAAGACAGCGACGGCAGUACCCGAUGGGAAUCGGUGGCCAGAACUGAUGAUUGGACGAAGCUGAUUUGGAUGGCCAAAUUCCACGCUCAGGACAUCGAGACCAAAGUCUCCAGGUACCCUGGAGUCAAACACGUCAUGGUCGGCGGUGCAGGGCGCAUUGCACCAUACGUCCUGAUAGAAGUGAGGGAGGAUCUGCUUGGAAGGAACCACGAAGAGCUUCUUGAUGAUAUUUAUGAGAAGACUAUUGUGGGACACAAUGAGAUUUCUGCGAAAGCAGUGGCCAUUCCGAGACAGACUGUAUUCUUGGCCAGCAAGGAAAAACCUAUCAAGCUGACUGUCAAGCAAUUGGUGCUUCGGAGGGAGGUCGAGAAGGAUUACAAGGAAGAGAUUGAGGACGUAUACAAGACGCUUGAGGCUGCAAGCAAUCAGACGGCAGGGGAGAAGUUCGUGCAAAACAUGAAUUAA